UCAUCUCCUCUCCUUUCUCCUGCGUCUCCUUCCUUCCAACCUAAGGAAAACAAAACACAAAAAAUAAAACAAUGCCAUUUUCAGCAAAGAUUCUACUCCUUCAAAUACAAACGUGUGUGUCUUAAUCAUCAACAAACUUUCCAGCGUCUUAUCCUAAUCAGAUAUUUCCUCCUACUCUCCUCUUCAAAAACACAUAUUACCAGCUUCCUUCUACUCAGACCAUCCAGUUAAACCCUAAUUUAUUUAUUUAUUGUUAUCCCCAAAUCCCAAAUUAGACACUAAUAUCAAACUAAACCUUAACAGUUCCAUUAAUACCGCCUAAUUUUGAUUCUACUUUCAUCCCUUAUUUUGAAUUUACAAUCCUCUUGGGGCAUAUAUCAGGUUGGAGACGGCGAACGGAACCUGAUCAGAAGGGAAAAAAGAAGAAGAAGAGAUUUAAUAGGUGAUUCUGCAGCUGGCAUGUUUCUAGCUGACAUCACAUGUCAGGAGAAUGAACUAUGAACUGAACUCGGAGAAUAGCUUUCCGUCAUGACUUCAUUAAUUCGUUCAGUAGAGGGGGUUGCAUGAGUUAUACGAUUCAAGGUACAUACUCACUGGAGCACAUUUUGGUCAUUAAUGGGUGAUCAAAACUCAAUUCCUAAAGAUCUUCGUCCUUUGAACAUACCUCGAACAGUUGGAGAUGAACCUCGCAUUCCAAUAGGGAGAAGUGCAUUGGAAGGUUUUUGCCCUAAUUCUGUAGUUGAUGUUAAUAGUCUUGCUGCUGAUCCUGGUUCCAGAUCAGUAUUCUAUCCAGCAACGAUAUCUGAUGCUGGAUAUGGCGCAACAGGUUUAGGUUUUGCUAAUCCAGCCAUGGCUUGGUACCCACUUUGUCGAUUACAACCUGUUGGUUCUAGUUUUGUUCCUGUAACUGGAUCCAGGGAUGAUACAGAUAUUGAGAAUUUCGUUAACAAUCAAGGUCGUGGAAGCAAUCUCGGUGAGUAUCCCAGUGAUGAAGGUAAUGACGAUUCCUCUAAAACUAAGAAAUUAAAAUUCUUAUGUAGUUUUGGUGGUAAAAUCCUGCCUAGACCAAGUGAUGGAAUUUUGAGAUAUGUUGGAGGUCAGACUAGGAUCAUUAGUGUUAGGAGAGAUGUUAAUUUUCAUGAGUUGGUGCAGAAAAUGAAUGACGUUUAUGGGCAACCUGUGGUUUUCAAGUACCAACUCCCUGAUGAGGAUCUUGAUGCCCUAGUCUCAGUUUCAUGUCCUGAGGAUCUCGAUAACAUGGUAGAGGAGUAUGAAAAGUUGGUUGAGAAUUCGGUUGACGGGUCAGCAAAACUUCGGGUAUUUUUAUUCUCUGCAUCUGAGCUUGACUCAUCUGGUACAGUGAAAUUAGGUGAUUCAAACGAUAGUGCACAGAAGUAUUUUGAUGCUGUGAAUGGAAUUUCUGAUCUUGUUGGUUGUGGUAUUACAAGGAGAGGAAGUAUGGCGAGUGUGGCAUCAACACAGAGUUCAGAUAGGAUGAGUGGCGGGGCAGAAGCUGUUGAUAGCUCAAGUUUGGGUCAAGGGCCACCUUCUACAGUCGUUUUAUCUCCCAGAAGAAGUUCUGGGGCUUCUUCUCAUGAUGGCCAAGCAAGGAUUGUUUAUGUAGCUCCUAAUCAUGCUAUGUAUACAGAAGCUCAAUCAGCAAAUUAUGUUGCUCCAACUAUUUCAUCAAGUCAUCCUCCUGCCCAAUUGUUUGAAAGUGACCUAGAGAGACCAGUGCAAGCAAUGGGACAACCACCAUUAUUGGGGCGUGAUUUUGGUCCACCUUCUGGAAUAGAGUAUACGCCCGCAACUGUUUAUAUGCAGGGAUAUCCUCGCCAGGAGGUAUUUCAAGAUGCAGAUCAUCCGCCAGUUACUUCCCAAAUGGGGUAUUUAAAUCCACCUCAAGUAUUGGGGAUCACAGGGUCAACUUAUAGGCGUGCCGAUAACACAAUGCAGACAAUUUGUGUUCAGUCCCAUCAGUUCAUGCCUGCAAUGCAAAUGACUCAUGCUAGCAUGAGACCCAAUGGAGUUCAGCAUUUAAUUCAACAGCAUCAAACCCAUGUUAAUUCCUACCCCGAAGAAAAUUCAUUUGGUGGUAGGGUUACUCAGGUGUUAGACGACCACAACUACAGAGUUCUCCCAUCACAGGCUCCCUUACAACCGGCUGCAGUCCAGCCCCAAGGAGUAGGUUAUGAUUGGCACCAACCUACAACUCCAGGUAGUGUGGUCUUUUCCGAUGGAUGCUCACCUCGUCAACAGGGGAUUCUUCCUGAACAAAUUUCCAGACUGGAAGAUUGUCAUAUGUGCCAAAAAGCAUUGCCGCAUGCACACUCUGAUACUGUGGUACAAGACCAAAGGGAUCAAGCCACAAGUAUGGUUUCUUCUUCAAUGCCAGCUUUUCAGAGUCUCCGUGUUGAAGAUACAUUAAGAGCUCGAUCUGCUAAUAGAGUACUUGUUAGUGGACCACAAGGGGAGAGUACUGUUGCAGUUGAACAUCUAGAAGCUUGGCCACGACCUAAAUAUGUUGGACCUAUGAAUCAUGAUGUUGCUGCUCAACAGCUAGGAGUGCAUGGGUUUCCUCCAAAUAUCAAUCUGCGUGUGCGAAAUGACAAUAGAAGUGUCCUCUUGCAACAUCCUGAGGCUGUUGAUCAAUGUAGGGGGAUGUUUUCUCAAGGCGUGAUGCCAGAUAAUGUACAUUCACCUCAUGGUGUAUACAUGGCUAAUUUUCCUCAGGUGCGCCAAGGAGAUGUUGUCCAGCAACCUACGAUGCAGUAUCAGUACCGUGAUAUAAACGACCCUUCGAUUAGCCAUCUACUCCAUGCUGAUGCCCCUCCAGUUAGAGUGGUACCUUUCCAAACUUCAGAACCAGUUAGUCGGGAGUUCUUGGAACACUCAGAUAGGAAUUUUAGGAAUGCUCCGAAGGAAGACAUUGAUGAUCUAAGACGAAUCAAUGUGAGAUUGGAAGCACUUCACAUAAUUCCACCUGAGACUUCUGCAAACAACGAGAAUUCUAGGUCACCUGUUAAUAUAUUUCAGGAAGGGAUCCUGGAUGCUAGACCACAGUUCGUGGCGAAUGACGUGCCCCAAACCAAUGCCUUCGCCAAUACAGGCAAUUUUCUCGAUGAAAAUCAUGGUAAGCCAGCUGAUAUACUGCCAGCGUCGUCUACAGAGGCUCUUUACUUGCACAACCAUCAACUUGAAGAGUUCAAUCAAGUCGCACAAUCAUCAGGAUUAGGUGUUUCUGAACCACUUCCACAUUCAACUACUCCUGCUGAACAUCGGGCUUCUGACAAAAUAUGGCAUGGUAAACCAACAAUCCCACAGAUUGAUUCGGCAUUUACCAAUGUCGAAAGGGAAAGGGUCCCCGUCGUUGGUGAUUGGAAGGACGAGGCUCCACAUAUCCAGCCGAAUAUGGGUUUCAAUGAUGCAACGGCUGCCUCUUCUAAUGGAAACCUGCCAACUGUAUCCGUCUCCAGUGGUUUGGUUCCAGAGUUUUGUGAUCCUGCCACCUCAGACUCGCUUUUCAGCACGAAGGAUCCUUGGAUAUCGAGGCACGACACACAUUUCCCUCCUCCAAAACCUAGCAAGGUAGUAUCUGGUAGAGAAACUUGUACAACUAAGGAAGGGGUCCUCCACCAGCAACCUGGAAAUCUUAACAAGGAUUCAGCCUCAGAACAUGGUAACUCUAGCAAAGGAUCUGCAGAGGAACAUAUCAGGCUAGAACUUCAAUCUGUCGCUGAGGGUGUUGUUGCUUCAGUUCUCCAAUCUUCAUUACAUUCGGACCACUCUGACCAUGAGAUGAAGGAGCCCAUUCCAGACGCCAACCAAGAAAUGGAACUUCGUGUUGGUUGCACAGAAGCAGAGGAUGUUGUUAAAGACGAGGCAAAUUCUUCUGUAUCGCUUUCAGAUGGCAUCGGUCGCUUACAGAUAAUAAAGAACAGUGAUCUCGAAGAGUUACGAGAACUAGGGUCUGGCACCUUCGGUACGGUUUAUCAUGGUAAAUGGAGGGGUACUGAUGUUGCAAUUAAACGUAUCAAUGAUAGGUGUUUUGCUGGGAAGCCAUCAGAGCAAACCCGAAUGAGAGACGAUUUUUGGAACGAAGCCAUCAAGCUGGCUGACUUACACCACCCCAAUGUGGUGGCUUUCUAUGGUGUCGUUCUUGAUGGGCCUGGUGGUUCUGUAGCAACAGUAACAGAAUACAUGGUUAACGGUUCUCUAAGACAAGCUUUUCAGAGGAAUGACAAGGCACUUGAUAAGCGUAAACGUCUCUUUAUAGCCAUGGAUGUUGCAUUUGGAAUGGAGUAUUUGCAUGGAAAGAAUAUCGUACACUUCGACCUUAAAAGUGACAACUUACUAGUCAAUCUCCGGGAUUCUCACCGGCCAAUAUGCAAGGUUGGUGAUUUGGGCCUGUCUAAGGUGAAAUGUCAGACCUUGAUCUCAGGUGGGGUUAGAGGAACACUUCCAUGGAUGGCUCCGGAGCUUUUAAAUGGCAGCAGUAACCUAGUCUCUGAAAAGGUUGAUGUUUUCUCUUAUGGAAUUGUUAUGUGGGAGCUUCUCACUGGAGAAGAGCCAUAUGAUGACUUACAUUAUGGAGCCAUUAUAGGUGGUAUCGUCAGCAACACGUUGCGCCCAGCCGUGCCGGAAUCUUGUGAUGCGGAUUGGAAGUCACUGAUGGAGAGAUGCUGGUCGGCGGACCCUGCAGAAAGGCCGAGCUUUGCGGAGAUUGUAAAUCAGUUACGUAUUAUAGCAGCAUCUCUUCCUACUAAAGGACAAGCUCAAUAAUCAACCUGGGUUGGUCUGUCAGGUCAAUAUGAAAACUGCUGCAAAAUUUAAGGAAAAGGAGUAAUCCAGGUGAUGGAAUCCACUCUUGUUUCGAUGAAUUGGGUGGAAGGCUGCAAAAUUUGUAAGGCAUAUGCAUGGGUAUCAAGUCGAAACAUGUGAACUGAUGUAGUAUAGCAAUUGGAAAGACAAGAAUUCACAGUCUUCUUAGUUAAAGCUUUGUAACACUAAGACUCCAGUCCAAGUCUGUUAUGUUAUGUAGGAUAAAUGAGGUUGUUGAGAAGGGUUUCACUUGGGAAUCACGGGUUUGCUGAAUGAUGCGGUUGAUGAAAGUAGGUCGGAACAUAAGGAUCAUAUUGAUUCUCAUGAUAUGAACUUCUGUCAUCUGGGUUGUGUAAGUGCCAAUGCCAUUGUGCACAAAGCUCUAACUAUUACUUACAAUAUAUAAAGAAAAGGUUAUGCCAGUCGACUCCAUCCUUGGAACUCUUGGUGACUUCUCCCCAACUGCAUAGCGAAAAAAAAAAGUGUACGGUAGUAGUAAUAGAAAACAAACAGUACUUGGGACUUCCAAAAUAGCAUAUAAAAACAGAAUCUAAAUCAGGUGGAUGGAAAAAAUCUUCAACGUUAAAAUUACAUAAUGUCGAACACUGUCCUUCAUUUCUUGGUGCUGGUGGACAUCCUAUUCUCUUUGGCAAUAUUGCUUCUUUAUUUGUUGGUGUUGUUGAACACUUUUCUUCCACUUUCCUUUGUACUUGAAUCUCAGCCCUCUUUGUUCUUAUUUUUGGUAAAGGUGGUGGUGGUGUUCUUAAUAUUGAUAGAGUUCCACCUAGUUCAA